AUGCUAAUCCACCCGGCCAUGUUCAGCUUCAACUAUCCCAAUGAGCCUCAAACCCCGACGAGGACCCCCACUACCUCUGCCUUGGACUCCUUUACCACCCCGAAAUUGGAGUCGAGCUUCUUCGACCCCCGAGUCACCUGGGAUACCGCCGACCCGUAUGCCUCCAGCCCCGAGUUCCUUCGUUCUCCGCAAAAGUUCGGUCUCGGAACACCGUCGAAUCCGCUCAGGAAAGAUUCCUUGGACGCGCGGCUGGAGCCGACUAGCCAUGGCAGAUCGUAUGAGCAGACGGAUACGACGCCGCCGCCGACCAGUGCAUCAAGACGCAAGAUCCCAGACUUUGAGCCGCCCAGCAGUGUGGCGAGAGCGGAGCACUUGGAGACUCCGAGUCGGCUUUUGGGUGCUUCGCCGAGGAUGUUCGCCAAUCUCCAGUCCUCCCCGGAUCUGUUCCAACUGGCCUCUUUGGAUCCAACCGGAUCUCCUAUCUUUCCCCAGCAACGGCUCUUCUGGGACCAAGAGCCAGAUCAAGCCCACAAUGAUCCUCCUCUCCCCAGUACACAUGCCUUCCACCCACCCAAGCCGGCCCCUGAUGCCUCCCUCAACGCCCAGUUCCCGCAACUCCCUACGAUCGAUGGUUCCAUGGACCUGCCCGAAUUCAGCAAUGGGUUCGGACUGACCCCAGCGUUGCCUACUGAUGCAGCUUUAUUCCCGGCCCCCUUUUCUACUUCUCCGCGGCACGUCGCUUUGGUGGCUCUCAGCUAUCCCCGGAAAGAACGUCCCUCCGUGGAAUACGACAACCGUAUCAUCACCAGACGGAGGAGCUCUAAACGGGAGGAGCUUCGACGGGCUCAAGGCCCCGGCUCCUUUUCUAGUUUAUCGGAAGAGGACGAAGAGGACCUCACCCCGCGAGGGUUAAGACCGGGCCUUACUCGUAGCGUUACUUAUACCGCAAGUACCAGUCACUCGAAUCGUCCCCUCAGCCAGUCCAGUGGAGGGAUGGCAUCUACCAGUGGUAUUCGCAAAAGUCCCUCCAAGGGUCGAGCAUCGCCGGCGAAGACGAUGCGGCCAACUCCACUAGGGCGAGCUCAUUCGAUCGCCACCAACCUUCCCAGGCGAACCCAAUCGGUGAUUCUUCGCAUUGGGCGAGAUGGCCGAGCAAAGGCUGAAAUGCAGCCACUGGAGGAGGGCCACACGGGCUUGACUGAUCCUCUCACGGGCAUGGAUCUCGAUGGAUCCGCGACAGAAAGCGAAGCAGAUCCUGCGGAGUACUCAGAAUAUCCGGUUCUUCCGCGGUCUCGGUCUUCUUUUGCCUUGUUUGAUGAUCGUCCGCCUUUCUCUGGCAGCGACUCGGGGUCGAGGCCCCCUUCAAAAGGGUCGUAUACCUCCGUCAGCUCUUCUCACUCGGGGCGUGUGUCUCCUUGGGCAGGCUCAUCGCGGGGGGUUGGUAACCGGUCUACAUAUCGCGGAUCCCCUGAAGCUGUGAAACGAACACCUAAGCGGCAUUCAUCUUUCCUUCCCUCGGACGCAUCUUACACAAGGGGCAGUGUGGCCUCUCAGUCGUUGCCGGGGGAUGAUGAUGACAGCGGGGACGCACAGCAUGCUCUUCUUCAGGUUAUCAAGGGCCGACGAAGCCAAGGAAACUGGGCCUCCACCGGCGCUUAUGGCGGGGGACUGUCGCGAUCGGCCACCUUCGCUCACCUUCGAUCUUCUCCCCCUAGGAUGCACAGUGACUUCGAUAUCCCGUCGCAUCAUUCAAAUACCUCCCCCACGACUGUGACCGACCCUGAUCUGGCUACUCCACAUAGCGAGCGCCACAAUAACUUCAGCAAUCCGAGUACUGGAACCCGUUGUAUCUGUAAUUCUAUGGACAACGGUGGUCAUCUGAUGAUCCAAUGGUAA